AUUUUGGGGUGACAAGUGCCCUGGAGACAGACAAAGAAAGAUGAGAAGAGGCUGGAAUCUCCAGAGUCCAAAAAUCAACUGCACGAUUGAGCAUAUGACAUACUUGGGAACCAUUGACCGAAACUGCCCGCCUUGGCCAGGUAUGAUAAUAACUACUUGCAUGAGCUGUCACACAAAAGGAGGCCCCAAUAAGGAACAGGACGCUGCCGCACAAAACUCACCGGGAGAAUUUGGGAGAGGCCGAAAGGAGGGAGGAGACGCCAGCCCGUAAAACGUCCUGCCAACCUCCCAGAAACCCUCCGACUGGAAUCCAUCUUAACUCAGAGAUGCAUGCCCCACCGCGAAGGGCCCUGAGUCAGACCAAAUGUGGGCACAAGUAGGAUAAUUGGCCAGAGACAACCCAGAAAGUAACCCCAUCACCAUAAAACCCGAGACUGCGAGCCACGUGGCAGAGCAGUCCUCCUGGGGUCCCUUACUCUCCUGCUCUCUGCCUGGGCGCCCCUUCCCAAUAAAGUCUCUUGCUCUGUCAGCACGUGUCUCCUCGGACAGUCCAUUUCUGAUCAUUAGACAAGAGCACGCUCUCGGGCCCUGGGAGGGGUCCCCCUUCCUGCGACACUAUCAGUUACUUAAAGGAUUUAUGGUAAAAUAUUUGUGUCACUGUCAAUUUGCCUCAACUUUCACUUCUGCCGUAUCUUGCUUAAACAUUUUGAAGCUGUUACUAGUUGUAUAGAGGUAGGAUUGACAUAUCUUUGUGUUAUGUUGACUUUUUAUUGAGGGGGCUAUGUUCUACUUCGGUGGGAAUAGGACUGAGUUGACGCCCUGCAUUCAAUUUGUGCUUUUCCUGGAGUUUCUUUUCUGUUCUUUCCGGAGGAGAAGGGCCGAAAAAGGACCAUUCCAGGGCGCGGCGCUGGGCUUGCCACAUUUGGGAGCGCCGCCUGAAGUUGGGCGCACAGCCUCGCGCCGCCCUGCCGUUGGGCUGGUGGAGGCCGCAGCACUGCUAGGGUUGCAUUAGUCCUCCUGUUUGCACUAUUUCUUUUUGCGACCAUGGCCCCGCCUUAAGUAUUUCCAAUUGAGAAACAAAACCUCAGGAAACCGAAACUUAACCAGCCGCUCUCGCUUCUGUAAUUACGCUUGCUGACCACCCCCCCCCCCCGCAACCGUCCAACCAAUCAGACGGCGACUAGUGUCUCUGUUUAAAAGUCAACCAAUCGGCGACUAGUGUCUUUGUUUAAAAGUCAACCAAUCGGCGACUAUGUUUGUACCGGUCUAUAAAAGAGCUGUACUAAACUCCGCCAGGACCUCUUAGCAUCACCGGCAACGAGUGCGCGGAGGUCCAGAAUGCGACGGUUAAUCGUAUGUGUUAACUCGGCUGGGCCACAGGACUCCGAUAUGUGGUCAGACACCAUUCUGGAUGUUUCUGUGAGGAUGCUUUUGCAUGAGAUUGCCAUUUAAAUUGGUGACAUUUGAGUGAGGCCGACUGCUCUCCAUAACCUGGGUGGGUCUCACCUCAUCAGCCGAAGGCCUGAAUAGAACAAAAGACUGAGCUCCUCCAAGGAAGAGGGAAUUCUGCUGCAAACAGUCUCUGGAGUUUAACUGCAGCACCAGCUCUCCGGCCUUCUGGCUCUAAGGAAACAGAAUUUGCCACCCUAAGAUACGUCUCUCUGUCACAUGCAUUGUUUUCAGCUGGUUAUUUUCUGAGAAAGAGCAGACAUGGGAAGGGUUCUGACAACCAAGUAGGAGUUGACCUUUUGUACGAAGCAUUUACAUUUAUAAGGGAAAUCUCCAUUUGGGGUGACCAAAUCUCUAGAAACUCUUAUCACUGGAGAAGGCGAUGCCUUCAAUCCGCGUCACAAUCCUGCUCACCUGCCACAACUGACUCUCCCCACCUUCAACAACCUGUUUUGUCUUUAGCUGAGGAUGGCAUUUAAGGCUUCCGGUGGAGCCUCGGGCAGGCGUGUCUCCUGGCCCUGGAAAGCGCGGCAGAUGCCCUCCACGUCUUUGCACCUGCUUUGAAGCCUCCCACUCCCAACUCCUGCGGCCGCUUUAGACUCUGGCAAGUCUCUUCAGAGCAAGGCUGAGCCGUCUGGCGUCAUGGGGGUGCCGGUUCCAGUCCUGUGGGCUCUGCUGGUGUCUUUGGGCUGUGCUGAAGAAGCCACAGAGCCAGGUGAGAACCUGAGCUGCUACCAGUGCUUCAAAGCCACGAGCUGGGAGUUUUGCAAGCCCGCCGCGUGCGCCUCCGCCGACCGGGUCUGCGUCUCCCACACGGUGAUCAUCACCCUGAGAUCUCGCCUGAGAAUUUCGCUCAGCAGGCGCUGUGCUCCCAGGUGUCCCAACACCAACAUGAAGUCUGAAUGGUCGUCGGGCCCCGGGGUGCACGGCAAGGUCACCAGGCACUGCUGUUCCAGAUCUCUCUGCAACAGGGCACCGCCCCCGCAGGAGGCUCCCGGGGCCCUUCCAAGGGCACUCCUGCUCCAGGUGGGCCUUGGCCUCCUCUGGGUCCUGCUGUGAGCACCUUUCCCUCGGCCCCAAAGCCCACGCUGUCCUCCCACCUCUAUCUGCCCCCAUCGCUCUCAAGACCGUGGGUGGGACAUUCACCCCUGAGACGGUAGGCAGCGCCAUCGCCUCGCCCUGGGCCCGGCCGCCUCUCCCGUCCCCAGCAGGGGUCCUUCGCUCACACAGCCUGGGACUGUAGCCCCACUCCGUGGGGUCAGGGAUGGGGGCAUGCGAUGGGCAUUUCUCAGUUUGGGGUAACAGCCCCUGCUCUGAACAGAAGCUCCAGGUCCCUGUGCUGGGCAAGAAGAGCCCGGCAAGGCCAGAGGGUGGCUCAGCCCUGGCUCUGGCUCUGACUGGCUCUGUGGUCUCGGCCCCCCCACGUCCGCUGUUCUCGCCACCUCUGUCCCUGGCCCAGGCAGAGUCCUGCAGUGGGACCACGACCUUCACUCCUUCCAGAGACAAUAAAGUCGUUGCUUG